AUGGGCUUCGGUAGAAGGGUAAACCAACCGGAGAACACGGAAAAGAUGAGGAGAAUUGCGUUUGAAUUGGAAUUGGAAGUUGUUGAGCUGGUCAACGUGCCUAUGUUUGAUGAUACCGAAUGCUACAUAGUGAGUACGAUUUCGAACGAUAAAAUCAAAAACAACUACAAAAAGCUCCACAUAUCGAGUCACACAACCCAUCCCGUGCCCAUAAAAAACCACAAGGUAAGGUUUGGUGAUGUUGGAAAGCAAAGCACGGAGUUCAGGCUACAAGCCCAGUCGAAUUCGAAGGGAGAUGUGUUAUCAGAUAAAUGGUUGUGUAUUUCGUUCAUGUUGAAGCAUCAGGAUCGCCAGGAGCUACUUGGUAUUUUGACUUUGAAUCUUACAGAAUACGUCAAUGAGAAGAGCAAAAAGGAAUUAAGGUUUCUUUUGGAAAAGUCGAAGACGAACACAAUUGUGAAACUCAACCUGCAAAUCCGUCAUCUUGAGCAUGAUGAGUCUGUGACAUAUCAAACAAUAGCAAAAGAACAGGCAUCACCAGCACACAGCCUUGAAUCAUCUGGACUGCUUCGUCUGUCCUCGGUGAAGAGCACUAAUGAGCUAUCUAGUAGGGGUGGUUUUAGCAUGGAUGGACUUAGGACACCAACAAAACCCUCCUCGACUGCUGGCAGACUUGCAUUACAGGUGCCUUCACCCUCUGCACUUAGGAGCAAUAAUUCACUGCUAGAGAGAGCAAGUAGUAGACGCAGCUCAAACCCUGGAAUGAAUUCUCCUUCUAAUGUCUCUACCCCAACUUCUUCUUCACCACGUUCACCUAGAUCCAAUAAACUACAAUUCUCAACCUCUUCUUCGAACGUCACUUCUCCAACUCUGGCCAUCAAUGCAGGGCAACGAGAUAGUAUGAAGAAUACAAGUACACAGACGAUGAUGAACGAUGCCUGCGAGAGUGCGGUAAAUGAUGUCUCUCUGUUGGACGAUCUUAUCAACAAAACGUACAGAUUCACUUGGCAAUUGAAGUGUACGUCAUAUGAAGAAUUCACUCCUGCUGAGUGCGUCAAGGACAUCAUAGAGAGAAAUGGAAAUGGGUGGAAAAAGAAUGACGAAGGGGUUGAUCUUGUGGAUGUUGUUGAAAACGAAUUUAAGGAAAACUCUGUGCAGCAACGUAAUAAAUCAUCACUGUUCUCUCUUAACACCAGUGAAGACUUACGGCAGAGAGACCACAGAGAACCGGACAUAUUCUCUGAGUUCAAGGGUUUUGAGAGCGUGCAGUUGAAUGAAUCUGAUGAAGACUCCGACGAGUUUGAUCACAGGCACGGCCACGGCCACGGCCACGGAAGAGGAGCACUUGAUGAUGACAGCGAUUCCAUAUUUUACUCGUAUUACAGCAGAGACCGGCAUGACGCCUCGAAGAUUAAAAGGUACAAGCCACUCACUGAGGCCGAAGUCCGUGAAGACUUGAGGAGUUGGCAUAUAAGUGCAGAAAGUUGA